GUUAUUGGAGUGGGAGUUAUGGCGUUGCCACAGCUGCCUGUGAAGGGCGGCUGGUUCAUGUCAAUCUUGUCAAUGCUUGCAUGCUACCUGGCCAUCACGGAGUCCGGCAUUGCCAUGUGGAAGGGCGUCAUGGCUGGUAAUCACGCCGACGCUAAGGAUCUUGCUACCAAGGCCAUCGUUUCAUAUGAAGACUUCGGGAAAGCUGCCUUUGGAAAGACAGGUGAGGCUCUCGUCCUGCUCAUGAUGAUGCUCUACUUCCUGGGCGUCGUGGCGAGCUUUGGCGUGCUGAUUUCUGAGGAGUUGGAGAACCUCUUUGGGCACAUCAGCAAGAAGGAGUGGUUGCUUGCCUUUGCCCCUGUGAUGAUCCUCAUGUCGCAGCUACCAAAUGUCACUGCAGUUGCUAAGAUGACCCCCGUGGCCGUACUUUGCAUCCUCAUCCUCGUCAGCGUGAUCAUCUCAAAGUCGUGCUUGGAUGCUCAGCGCUGGCAAGAAUGGCCCGAUCCGGGGACGCUGCACACAGAUUGGCCGCAGGACCCCAUGGCCAUGGGUACGGUCGUCGCGAGCAUGUUUGGGGCUUUUGGGGUGAACGGCAAUGUGCCCUCGAUCCUGUGUGAGAUGAAGGACCCAAUGGAGUUUCCAUUUGCUUACAAGACCGCGAUGACAAUAGUUCUUCUUGUUUACUUAGCUGUGAUGUGCUGCGGAUACUACGGCUACGGCGACUUCAUGCAGCCCGACAUCGUAAAGUCAUUGAGCUCUUUCCCAGCUACCGAAGAGCAGGCCCUGGAUGUGAAGUUUGACAACUGGACUGGACCGAAGGCACUGGUUCUCAGGGGCGUUUGCGCCACUCUGUUGCUCAUCAAGCUCAUUAUCGGCUUGCCUCUGAACAUGAUGGUGAUCUACUACUCCCUCCAAACAUACGAGGGAACGAAAGACUACUUCCCAGCUGAGAGCGUUGCUAACAAGAUCAUGCGGGUCGUUGUUGUUGUGAUCGCCGUAGUCAUCGGCCUGGUGGUGACCCAAUUCAACAAGCUUUUCUCUCUGGUCGCCUCGGUAUGCGGCCCAAUAUUGCAGUGCUUCCUGCCCAUCUUCCUCAGUUACAAAAUUCGCAAGAAGCACGGCGCGCGCAUGUCCAGUUGGGUGCGCCGAUUCGCACAUGCAUUGAUCGUCCUGCUCGGUUUGUACUGCUUGACCAUGGGCUUUUACGAAUCCGUGCAGGACAUCACUGAGAAAGCUUGA